AUGUCUAUCGGACUUCUGCUCCACCCAUUGUCUCCCCAUGUCCCACCUGCAACUCCCACUUCCACUGGAGCUCCUUCAUUCUCCGCCGCCGGUAACCAUCACCGACACGUUCUCUCCUUGUCCGAAACAUGCUCAAACAUGUCUCAGCUCAAGCAGCUUCACGCCUUCACUCUCCGUACCACUUACCCUGACGAAACCGCCACUCUGUUUCUCUACGGCAGAAUCCUCCAGCUUUCUUCCUCCUUCUCCGACGUCAAUUACGCAUUCCGUCUCUUCGAUUCGAUCCAAGAAAACCAUAGCUCAUUCAUGUGGAACACACUCAUCAGAGCAUGUGCACACGACGUUUCAAGGAAAGAAGAAGCCUUCCUGCUUUACCGGAAAAUGUUAGAGAGAGGAAAAUCGUCACCGGAUAAACACACGUUUCCGUUUGUCUUGAAAGCUUGCGCUUAUAUAUUCGGAUUAUCCGAAGGGAAACAGGUUCAUUGUCAGAUUGUUAAACACGGGCUUAGUGGAGAUGUAAAUCCUUCGAACCGGAUGGUUACACGAUGCAGAGUGUUCUGA